AUGCGCUCAUUGCCCCUUGAUCUAUGUGGAGUAAAUUUUAAUAUAGAAGCGGAUCUCCAGACCGACAUCUGUGAAUACAUUCGAGAUCAAGUGAUUCAAAAAAUUGAAGAGGCACAGAGAGUUGUUCACGGAGAAUUUCAGGCGGCGCACGGAGCCACGGAGUGGGAGCAACAUGACUUGGAGCAGAAGAUCGGAUACGCAGAGAAAGAUGUCGACAGCACUUUCCGGAAUUGGGAGGAGGAUAGAGAAAGAGCCAUAGCGGAGGCGAGAAGCGUUAUUGACAAUUACGUGUCACGGCUUGAUGAAUUGGAGGCGGCCGUGAAGAAGGCCCGCGGGGAGUUCAACAAUGCCACCCGUGCGGCGGAAAGGGACCUCCAGAUAGCGAAUGCUGACCGCCACAGGGCUAUGGCGGCUGCGAGGCGGGAUGUUGACACCGCGAAGCGGGAUGCUGCCUACAAGAUCACUAAGGCGCAACGUGCAGUUGACGAGGCGCAGAAGGAGGUCGACUUGGCAUUUGCAUCGGCAGAGCGUUCAAUUGAAAAUGCCCGAAAAGAGGUCGGUUCGAUCAGGAGAGAGAUUGGAAAUAUACGCUCGGUUAUUGAUGAGUACGGUCGAGCCCCGUGGUAUCACUUCUGGAAGAAGGCGGCCAUUCCUGGGCUUUGGACUACAAUCGGCGUCCUCGAGGUAUCACGGGCGGUCGCCGACGCGGCUUUGGUGGCUGCCAACGCGAUGGUCGAGUCGACCAAUUUCGUGGAAAGGAACGUGGCAUUAGGCACGACGCAGGGACUGCUGGAGAAGGCAAAAUCUGCCUCCAAUUUCACACUAGAGGUCGCGAGUGCGGCUGUACGCAUUUCCGACGUCACCUCAAAGGCGGCGGUAGAUGCAGCCGAGGAAACCGUGGCGACGGUUCGUGUUGGUGGUCAUUAUGUGGUUCUUGAAACGGCCAUUGCCAAAGUGGAAUCGUUCAAGUACAUCGAGCAAGCAACGUACGAAGUGGCUCUCAACACUCUGAACGAUCUCAACGGCUGUGCAGAGGCGGUGUCGCACCAAAUCGCUAGGAACGCGCUUACCAUUGCAAGGGUUGCCCCAGCCUCGAUUGAAGUUGCUAAUAUUACAAUAGAAGGCGCCGACGCUGGAAUCAACCGGGUGCUGGAGGCCGCUAAAACGGUCUCCGCGGCUGCCUUGGGUGCUUUCCAGAUUCAUAAAGUCACGUUGUCUGGUUCCUUGCAUGGUAUGGUCGAACGGACCUGCCCCUUGAAGGCGCAUAUCGAAUUGGUACUUCUGGACAACCUCGUUAUAAUCGAUGCAUCCUUUGCCCCUAGGCACCCAGGAGCACUAAUCACUGAUAUAUCUGAUCAGUAA